AUGGGUGAACUGCCCGCAUCUCGCGUUACCCCCUCCCUUCCGUUUUCAACAACAGGGGUAGAUUAUGCAGGGCCAUUUAAUUUGAAGACCUGGAGAGGACGUGGGGCCAGGACUUACAAGGCGUAUGUCGCAUUGUUUGUUUGUUUUGCUACCAAGGCAAUUCAUAUUGAGUUGGUUACAGGUCUUGACACCCAGUCGUUUUUAGCUGCCUUCCGAAGGUUCGUCUCCCGUAGAGGUAAACCACAGCAAAUGGUAAGUGACAAUGGUACCACAUUCCAGGGCGCUAGCAACCAGAUAAAUGAAAUCUACCAAUUUUUAAGAGACAGUUCAGACGAAAUUAUGACCUCACUUAGUAACGACGGCAUCAAAUGGAGCUUUUUACCGGUCUACACACCGCACAUGGGCGGGAUAUACGAAGCUGCUGUAAAAAGUUGUAAAUAUUUUCUAAAAAGAGUUUUGGCUGCAGCACUUCUGACUUAUGAAGAAUUUGUAACAGUACUUAUACAGGUGGAAGGAAUUUUAAAUUCACGACCAUUGUGUCCCUUGUCUAAUACAGAUAUUAAUGAUUUCUCCGCAUUAACACCGGCUCACUUCUUGAUAGGUAGGGCUAUAACCACCGUUCCCGACUAUGAGUACAAGGAUGUUCCCGCCCACAGGCUCACGCUGUUCCAGCAGCUACAGCAGCUUCAACAGGACUUCUGGCGAAGAUGGUCUCGCGACUACAUCGGGAUCCUACAACAACGUACCAAGUGGCGGAGCUCGAAGGGCGCAGCUCUCUCCGUGGGCACGAUGGUGGUGGUGAAGGAUGACCGUCUCCCUCCCUGCCAGUGGAAGCUGGGACGAAUCAUACAAACCCAUGACGGACGUGAUAGUGUUGCUAGAGUCGCGACAGUAUUAACUUCCAAAGGCGAAAUAAAAAGAUCAUAUGUUCAUCUAUGUCCACUACCAAUUAAUAUAGAUUAA